AUGUCGCAACAGUUAAGCCCAUCUGACUAUACACAGCUCCUUGAUCAAGCAAUCAGGAAAGUCCAAGCUACAUUAGAAUCACAGCCAAGUUUGUUUCAUCCAAGAGUUCUCAUAAUAUGCGGAUCUGGAUUAGGAGGUAUUGUGAAUUCACUUCAUGAGGAACCAAGAAUCGAGAUUAGUUAUGACAAUAUUCCGGGAUUUAAAUCAUCGACAGUUGCUGGACACGCAGGCAAGCUAGUAUUUGGCCUUAUGGGCUCAAAUAGGGUGCCAGUGAUGUGUAUGGUGGGCCGAUUACAUUUUUACGAAGGGUAUACUUUUCAAGAAACAACAUUCCCUGUAAGAUUGGCACUGAAGUUGAAUAUCCUGACUAUCGUAGUUACGAAUGCAGCAGGUGGUGUCCGUCCAGGUUUCAAGCCCGGCGAUUUGAUGUUAAUUAACGACCAUAUUAAUUUUCCUGGUUUGGCUGGGUUUCAUCCUUUAAAGGGGCCGAAUUUGGUUGAAUUUGGUCCUCGCUUUCAACCUUUGUCUGAUGCUUAUGAUUACAAUUUACGAAGGCUAUUUAUGAAGAAGGCUAGAGAAGAGUUGAAAAUAAAGCGAAAUAUUUUCGAAGGAACUUAUUUCUUCGCUGCUGGCCCGACCUACGAGACAAGAGCAGAAGUGAGAAUGAUUAGAGCAUCAGGGGGUGAGGCUGUUGGUAUGUCCACUGUACCAGAGGUCAUCGUUGCUCGUCAUUGCGGAAUAAGAGUUCUUGCGUUAUCCUUGAUUACGAAUACUUGUGUUGCUGAUAAACCACCAAGUGCUUUGGAGGAGGAGCCUAAGCCAUUAGAUGACGGAAUGGCUUCUCACGAAGAAGUUUUGGAGGCAGCAAGAGAGGCUUCAAAAGAUGUAGAAAAAAUAGUAGAGGCAACCAUCAACGAUUUAUAA